AUGGCCGAAAAGCUGCUGGUGUUCGGGCCGGCCGGCAACGUCGGCCGGCAGAUCCUCCCCCACGUCAUCUGCAAUCCCAAGUUCUCGGUGUGCCUGGCCUACCACAGGAACAAGCCCGCACAGUGCGACGAUCCCGGAGUUGAAUCUGUGCAGGUAUCCCUGGAAGACCUGGGCAGCGUUAAGAAGGCCCUCAGCUGGCUGCCGGACCGCAUCGUCUUUAUGGUCAAUCUGGCGCCGGGGACGCUGCCCAUGGCUCAAAACUUCGUGGCCGCCUGCAGGGCCGUGUCGCCCAGCGUCAAGCAGAUCGUGUACGUCUCGGAGUGCGAUUGCGACGAGUACCUCCGCACCGAAACGGCAUUCUACAAGGACCAGUGGGACACCGUGCAGUGCGUGCUGGAGUCUGGGCUGCCCGUGACGAGGAUUGAGCCGGCGUGCUUUAUGCAGAACAUCGACAGCUUUUUCGGAGUGCCGAACGAGUUGGCCAAGGGCACGGGGACGCUGACCAUCGGGAUGGAGACCACGACGCCCCUGGCUUGGAUCGACACCCGAGACAUAGGGGAGGCGGUGGCGAGGGUGCUUGAGAGGGACGCGGGCCAGGAGGUUGGCAAGCGAUAUCGCCUGGUUGGCGAUUAUCGGAGCAUGGGGGAGAUGGCGGAGAUGUUGUGCGGCGUCCUGAAUGAAUGCGAAUCCAAACCGAAGGUGCCGUAUCCGAAGAGGUUGGUGUACGAACAGAAUACGAUGGAGGAGUUGCAAAGGGGUAUGGAGGAAGCUGGGCUGGAGCCAGAUGUUGCCAAGGACAUGGCGAUUGUGUCGGCGACCAUGCAUGAGGGUCAUUUUCCAAUCUUCGCCGUGGACAACAGCGAGGAGCUUGAGGGGCUGCUGCGGCGCCCGGCCACCCGCCUCCAGCAGUACUUGAAGGACAAUAAAGGCCUGUGGGAAAGGUCCUGGGCCAGUGGAAAACUUGACAUUUGA